AUGGCAGUGGCAGGCAGAAAGGGCACUACGGCCUCCCCACACAUCAGCAUCACCACCACGGCUUGGCCAGGCUCCCUGGACAGCUGGCUUAGCUGGAUUCCAUUACCCAAAUGGGCACUCAUCACCGUGGCUGUGGCAGGGGCUGUUCUCCUCCUCCUCUUCCUCAUCUGCAUUGUCAAGUGCUGCUGCAGCAAGAAGAAGCCCAAGAAGAAGGAGAGGAUCGGCCUGUGUGCCGUCAACAACUCCACCACGACCAACCUUGUCCAGCCUGAGAUGGAGGACUUGGAGUGGGAAGUAGAGCAGAAGCGGCGAGGAAAGCUGCAGUACUCCCUGGAGUACAACUUCCGCAUACAGGAGCUGAAGGUUGGUGUGAAGCAGGCGGUUGAGCUGAAGGCCAUGGACAGUGGUGGCACGUCUGACCCAUAUGUGAUUGUCUACCUAACGUCUGAUAUGAGGAAGAGAUAUGAGACCAAGGUUUACCGCAAGACCCUGAACCCCAUCUUCAACGAGAGCUUCACUUUCCAGGUACCCCAGGCUGAGGUGUCUGAAUCCACACUGGUGAUGCAGAUCUAUGACUUCAACCGCUUUGCCAAGCAUGACAUCAUUGGUGAGGUGCGGCUGCCCCUGGCCAGUGUCAACCUGCAGCAUGUCAUCGAGCAGUGGAGUGACCUGGCGGUGGCCAGUAAAGUGGAGGAAGAGCAUCUGGGUGAGAUCUGCUUCUCGCUGCGCUACGUCCCCAGCACUGGCAAGCUGACAGUGCUCAUCCUGGAAGCCAAGCAGCUGAAGCGGAUGGACUCUAAUGGACUCUCAGAUCCUUUUGUCAAGGUGCAUCUCAUACUGAACAGAAAGAAAUGGAAGAAAAAAAGGACAAGUGUGAAGAAAAACACCUUAAGCCCUUACUUCAACGAGGUGUUUGUUUUUGAGGUGCCUUUCAGUCAGAUCCAGAAUGUGGACGUGGUCAUCUCUGUCUGGGAUCAUGACAAAGUGACCAAGAAUGAGCCCAUCGGCAAACUCUUCCUGGGCUGCCGAGCCACAGGCAACCAGCUGCGGCACUGGUCCGACAUGCUGUCCAACCCACGCCGGCCCCUCGCCCAGUGGCACAUCCUGCAGCCCCCAGAGGUGGUGGACAAAGCCCUGGGACUGAAGUCCCACCUCAAGCUGCCCCUGCACUCCAGAUAGUGGGGGUCUCCUUCUCCACCCAGGGAGCAGGAUGGUGGGCUUGUGGAGGAGCUUCUGCUCAGCAAGCUCUAGACAUGUUGGUCCCAGCUCAUUGUCAGCAAAGAGAGGACUGGGACUCCUUCUGGCCAAGAGAUGAUCUGGCUGCUGGUGCAACUCAUGCUCUGUUUAAUGCCUGGGGCAGGACAGCUCAGCAUUCCAGGACAAGGAUGUGGAGCAGAGGGUGCUAGAGGUGAUGGUAUGGAUGCAGGAGCCAGCUCAUCCCAACUGCUCAUGGGCUCGGGGGGUGGGGGAAAUACUCAGAGC